AGGAUUUUCCAGAAGUAAUGGAAGAUACUAAACCACAGAUCAAAAUGCUUAAAGCAGCACAAGCAGGAUAAAUAGGUUUAAAAGGAAAAAAAAAAAAGUAGUUGUAUAGUCAAACUGUCGAAAGCCAAAGGUGAACAGAAAAUCUUCAGGGCAGCCAGAGGGCAAUUCCAUAGGUAGAGACGUUGGGGGAAACCCUCCAGGUGGCAGGAACAGCAGGAGCGAAGGCCGGGGCACAGGGGUGGGGUGUGUGUGUGUGUGUGUGUGUGUGUGAAAGUGCAGGACAGUGAUGGAGCCACUUGAACUGCAGCCUGCUGUAUGGAGGGGUGGGGGCUGGACGGCAGAGUCAUUGGGAGAUAAGUCCCAAGUUAAAGAGGCCUUAAAUGCCAAGGAAGGGAAUUUAUUCUGUAGUCAGGUGGGGAGCCCCUUGGCUCUGAAGCACCGCCCAGAGCCUUGAAUUUUGUCAUGCUUUUUUAUGCAUCUAUCGAAAUGAUGGUGUGGUUUUUCUUCCUUUAUUCAGUUACUCUCAUGAGUUGGCAUUCACUGGUUUUCGAAUGUUGAGCCAACAUUGCCUUCCUGGGUUGAAUCCGCUCUGUCGUGAUGCCCUAGGCUUCUUAUGUAUUAUUGAAUUCAGUUUGCUAAUAUUUUGCUGAAGAUAUUUGCUUGUGAAGGGUAUUACUCUGUAGUUUUCCUGUAGUAGCCUUGUCUGAUGAAUGGUAUCAGGGUAAUACUGGCAGUUUUGGUGUCCAUGUAAUAUAGGCCUCAAAAUCACUUGGGAAGUGUUCCUUUCUCUGUAUUCUGAAACAGUUUCUGUAGGUUGCUAUUACUUCUUCCUUAAAUGCUUGACAAUUUGCUGGUAAAGACAUCUGGGCAUGAAGUUUUGCUGGUGUUCUGUUUCUUUUUGUUGUUGUUCUUUUUGUUUGUUUUUGUACUAUUUCAUUUUAAAGGAAAAUUUUAAAUUAUGAAUUCAGUUUUCUUAAUAGAUAAAGGGCUAUUCAGGUUUUCUGUUUUGAGUCAGUUCUGAUAAAUGGUGUUUUUUCAAGAGAUAUGUCCAUUUCAUCUAAACUGUCAGAUUUUUUUGGUAAAAAAGGUCACUGCAUUCCUUUAUUAUCCUUUUAAUGUCUGUAGUCUUAGUGAUGUCCCCUGUUUCAUUCCUCAUUGUGGUAAUUUGUAUCUUCUUCCUGUUUUUCUUGAUCAGUCUCAUUAGAGGUUGUCCACUUUAUUGACAUUUUGAAAUGACCAGCUUUGGUUUUAUCGAUUUUUUUUCCCUAUUGUUUGCCCAUUUUCUGUUUCUUUGAUUUGUGUUAUUUAUUAUUUUCUUCUUUCUGUUUAUGUUGAGUUUAAUUUGCAUUUUUCUAGCUUCUUAAGGUGGAAAGUUAGAUGACUUACUUUAAACCCUCUUUUCCAAUUUAAGCAUUUAAAACAGCGAAUGUCCCUGUAAACACUGCUUAAGCUGCAUUCUAUGUAUUUUGAUAUUUUGUAUUUUAGUUUUCAUUUAGUUCAAAAUAUUUUCUAAUUUCUCUUGUGAUUUCUUCUUUGAAUUAUGGUUUAUUUGGAAGUAUAUCAUUUAAUUUCCAAAUAUUUGGAGAUUUUCCAUGUAUCUCUUUGUUACUGAUUUUAAUUAUUAUGGGGUUGGAGCAUGUGCUCUAUGAUUUCAGGCUUUUAAAGUUUGAGGCUCAUUUUAUGGCCCAGAAUAUAGUCUAUCUUGGUGAAUAGCUCAAGUGCGCUUGAAAAGAACGUGUGACCUUGAGCAGGUCUCGUCACUUACUCUGAACUUGAGGUGCCUUGUCUGUACGCUGCCCUUCUCACCUGUGGGUAAGAAGCAGGCAUUGGGGAGCUUUGAGAUGUGGGUAGCUCUUGGUCCUGUAGGCGACAUGCCCUGUCUUUUGACCUUGCAGAUGGAGUGUGAGGCGGAGCGCCGCCCCUUGGGUGUGUUUGAGUGCCAGCUCUGUGCCUUAACUGCUCCGUAUAGCUACGUGGGGCAGCAGCCCCCCGGCGCCCAGUCUGUCGCAGGUUUGGGCCAUUCUGCCCACCGGCACCACUUCCUGUCCCGCAGCCUCCUGGAGGAGAGCUACGUCAUGAGGGACCCCUUCACCCCCAACAAGGACAGAUUCCUGAUCCUCGGCUCGAGAUGCAGCGUAUGCGGCAGGCUGGUGUGCGUGGGCCCGGUGGGUAAGCCACGUGCAGCCGGGGCCGCUUACCCUCUCUCCCUGUGGCUGGGACCUCACGACUGCAGUUUAUUCUACUCCAAGAGAUUUUGCCUCCCCUGUGUCCGGGAGAACAUUGAUGCUUUCCCUCAGGAAAUUCAGCAAGACUUGGAGAAAAGGAAAGUCCCAUCCAAGAGGCCUGCCAGCCAGCCUGGUUCUCGAACAUGAGUCCAGUCGGGUACCAGGUCCGCAGCAGUGUGCUGCACGGGGCUCCUGGCCAGCGGGCUUCUGUGGCCUGGCUCGGAGAUGGGGCCAAGCUGGGAGCCGCUGUCACCGACCUUGGUUUCUGGGCCAUCGGGAGCCGUGUCUGCAGCCAGAGGGAGCUGGGGUCCGCCUGCAGCAGCAACAGGGCCAGGAGCCACGCAGAGAGGGCGCCCAAAAGGCAGACCCCAGACCCCGGUGCUCCGAAGACCGCAGCACCCCCGCCCUCACGGCGCCCACCUUAGCAAUUGGUGAGACACUGAUUGUGGGCUUACCAUGUGCCUGCCAGUUCUUAGAGGGCAGGAACUGCUCUGUCCGAUUCUGUAGUUUCCGCAGGACCAGCGCACACUGCCUGGAGGGUGUUAGAAACGUGUUUGAUGAGAGUAUGAAUAAAGGGCUUUUACUGAC